GGCGGCCUUUCGCGUCGCCCUCGCGUGCUCCCUGCCGUGCCGUGCCGCGCCGCUCCCGCGUCGCUCGUCUCCAGUGCCAGUGCUGCCCCGAGCGUGAGAUGGCGUGCUUGCGGACGACGGCCCCGGCGGCGCUGCUGUGCUGCGCGCUCCUCGCGGCGGCGGCGGGUGGCGCGACGGCGGCGGCCCUGCCGCUACCGGAAGACGGCGCGUGCCCCGAGGGCUACGUCGUGUGCAUGGACGGCGACGGCUGCGUGCCCUCCGAGGCCCUGUGCGACGGCACCCACGACUGCAAGGACCAUAGCGACGAGCUGCCCUUCCGCUGCGCGGCGGCGUCGAGCGAGGCGCCGGCGAGGGACAAGGAGGCGCUGGAGCCGUCGGCGGGGGCGGGGGCGGGGGGCGUGGAGGCGGCGGUGGGCGAGGCGGGGCGCGCCGGCACGCCCACGCCUGCCUGGACAGCGAGCACCGCUGCUGACGGCACGUGCAUCUCCAAGGCGCGCAUGUGCGACAGCACGCGCGACUGCCACGACGGCUCCGACGAGGACGCUCUGGCCGGCUGCUCGCAGAGUUCCUUCCGCCAUUUUAGCGUCGGGCAACGCGACGCUGGAGGAGGGCGACCCGAGCGCCGAGUGGGUGGACGGGGCGGGCCCCGGGGCGCCCAUCGGCGUCGACCACCUGCCCCUGGACCACCCGGCCCCAGCGCCGCCGGCCGCCGCGCCGCCGCUCCUGCAACGAGCCCACGAGGUCACUUGCACGACGGCACCUGCAUCCUGCGCAACCUCACCUGCGACGCAGCGCAGCGACGCCCCGACGGCAGCGACGAGACGCUCGCCUGCCCACCAUGAAAACUUGAUAUUAUGGACCCUGAUCAUUCUUUCUCUGUACCCUUCAUAUCGUCGGUGCCCAGAAAGCUGGAAUCGUGCCACGACGACUUCGAGUGCGCGGACGGGCUGUGCUUGCCCAAGGACUGGGUGUGCGACGGCCACCCGGACUGCCGCGAUAGCAGCGACGAGCACCCGUUGCUCUGCACCAACUGGAAGAAGCGCCCUCUCGUCGUGGCCAGUGACAGUCCGGACCCCAUGCACGCCCACCCCAACGUUGCAGCCAGGGACAGCGGAGAUCCCUGCGAACGCAUGGAGCCCCAGGAAAGGCAACGCUGCUGGGAUGAUCAGCUGCAUAAACUGAAGUGUGUCGUUCGCAUGUGGUUGAAUGGUCGGGUGGCACAUGUGAAUUGUGUGGUUGAGAGGUCGGGUAAGGUAGGUGGAGAAGGAACACUCUCCUUCCGUUAUCGAGUAAUCAGUGGCUGA